AAAGACUACCGUUCAUCAGUGGUCUCAACAGUGCUCACAUAUCCCCAGAAAUUCUCCAUGGAGAACACCAUGGCGAACAUGCCAGUCGAAUCAGCUUCUGCCAUUGUGCAGGCUGUAGACCCUAAUGAGCCUCCCCCGAAGCGCAAACCUGGACGACCCAAAGGAAGUGGGAAGAAACAGCCUCCUGAUCCCGCCAUCAUCAGCGAAAAGAUCAAGCGUCCGGUAGGCCGCCCUCGUAAGGAUGGUUUACCUGCCGGAUCUGUCGGCGCUCGGAAAGCAAAUCAGCAGCGACGAUCGAGUGUAAAGCUGAGCGCGGAUGCCCCACAGCUUCCGCCUGGUGUACCAUUCCCUGGAGCAUAUUAUCCACAGCACCCCGGCAUCCCACCUCCAUGGCAAGGAUUCACCCCUCAAGCCCCACAAACGACACCUCCCAUCACCAACGGCAAUACAGUCCCGAACACUCAGCAUCCUUCCAUAGAUCCCAACCUCAAUCGUGAUGAAUGGGCGGAGCUUUCAUGUACAAAGCCCAACGUGCUCAUGCAGGCCCUCUUGGGAGCUAUCGCUGCACCUAAUCCCAUCGCCAGCGGAGGACCUACUGUUGAAGAAGCUUUCAGGUCCCACCUUGCAUCACUUAUGCCAUCUCAAAACCAAAACAAAGAUGCACAUCCCAUUCCUUCUCUCUAUUCAGUUCUUAGGACCUUAUGGCUUCCUUCAUCGCCAUCUUAUUUAUCAUUGAUUGCGCCUCGGACAACUGCCCGAGUCACGCACUCCGAGCAUCGAUUCUUGUAUUGGGAUCCGUUACCUCUCGUUCUCGCUGGCAUUCAUUGCACCGUGUGCGGGAGCACUCUCCAAAACCGAGGCCGCAUCCGUAGCGGCCCAGUCAAGGUUUACGACCUCGACAAACCCUUCUUCAUCAUCGGAUGCGAGUACGCAUGCAAAAGUGUAUCGUGUAUCGCUAGCACGACUCCUGAAGGACGCAAAUUCGCCAGCACGGACGCGUCUGUUAUGCAGGGACUUCCCGUGAGGCUAAGGGAAGAGUUUCCAGCGCGGUUGUUGCAGGGUGACGCCGAUCUGGGCCCUGGAAACAAUGUUUGGAAUUGGCAUGCUGUCGGUGUCUCCAAAACGCUUUGGAACAUGGUGAAAGCCUGUCUCAAAGUUGGGAUGCCGAAGGACAACAUUCUCAAUAUCAUCAACGCCGUCCAAAACCCGCCUCCUGACGAGAAAAGGGACCAAGAUCAGGAAUAUGAUGUUGAUGAUGGUGGUGUGGGUGCUGAUAUCUUUCGUCGAGAAAUCGACAACAAUAACCAAGAUGCUAUAGGCGAGUUCAGCGAUGCAUGGAAAGCAGACUCUAGUGCUCCAGAACCUGGCCCAUCAACCCAAAUUCAUCCCUCUAUGCCUCAACCCUCGACAUCUACUCUUGGUAGUGCUACACCUGACCAUCCUACUCCAUCAGUGUCCACGUCCGUACAGCCUCAGCCUCAACCUCAGGCACAGGCACAGGCUCCGCCGCAGGUACAACAAUUUGCUUUCGGACAGCCAGGCCCGUAUGUAUCGUAUGCCUAUCCCGGGUACUCAUAUUACCCUCAGCACCCCCAAAGUCAAAGUGCUCCACCUCCACCAGUUUCUCAGCCGCACACGCCAAGUGAGCAAAAUGGACUUAAACGAGCGUAUGGUUAUGGAGAGACGAGUGAAGUUGCGAUCCUAGAGCCCUCGCAGAAGCGAACUCGACACUGCUGCAAGUGCGGUUCGCAGGAUUGCAAGGGCAAGGGCGGACGCACGUUUUGUAUGAAUGCGUGUCAGGAUUGUGGGAAGAUAGACUGCAAGGGCCGGAACAGCAGACGUCCGGACAAGGUAUGCUCGGAAGCGUGGAAUUAGGUGUACGAGUGUGCUGGUAUCGCGGGUUGUACGACGAGAAAUACAAUACGAAACCACUCCUUGCCUACUCUGGGAAACGUAAUGUUUUGUAUUACUCACAUUACAUGUUAGGUUCCAUUGUGUUACUUUCUUCAUCUGAUGUUCUCUCUGUAGCCUCUACCCUCGCUUGAAAUAUAUUAUUAUUGUUGUUCCGGAAAAUCAUCGGAGCUGGCAUGGGAAGGUAGUUAUGUCGGCUGAUAAGUGAAUAUAAAGCGGACGGAAAUUUACCCCUUUACGUAAACCAGUUAUCAUUUGGUCAG